CCUCGAAGGACAUCAUCCAUCCCUCAUGCGAACGUCGGAAUAGGCCAGCUUCAAUCACCAAUUUGUAACUACGCUCGGUCGACAGCACCUUGCAUAGGCCGAUGCUCUAGCCUCCCGGAUUGCACGUUCGAUCUCCUACUCGUGACUGACUCGUCAAGGCAUUUCGACUGGUCUGUGCCCACUCAAACUUUUGAUGGCGACAUGUCCACAAACGGACCUCCUCCAGAGGCACCCGCCUCUUCCCGACCAAGUGGGGUCACCUCCGUUCCAAACGCGGAUACCAGCGUGAGCACUGCCAGGCCGAAUGGGGCUACGCAAACACCUAAAAGCGCCAAUCAGCAGUCCAUCAGGCCAGCGACCCCCACAAAUGGAACACAGGACUCUGCUGCGACAUCCAACAUAAGACCUCCGCCAGCGCGACCCUCAACUUCUUCGCAGCCUGUCAGACCAGUCUCUGCUGUGCAGCCCAUCCGCCAAGGACCCUCGCUGGCUCACGCGGGUCCUCGCCCGCCGUUGCACAACACCGCACCGCGACAUAGCACCGUAGGGAGCGCAUCGCCUUCUCGUCCAAGACCUCAACCUCCUCGACCAGCCUCACUCAGUGGUCCACCUGCCUCGUCUGCCUCCAUCGUGACGGAUACAACACCCAAGACAGCACCGAGAACCAUCUCGCAAGCCAGUCAAGCACCGCCAGCUCGUCCUCCUCCCGCAUCUGCGAAUACUGCGACAGCUCGGCCACCCUCUGCGGGCACUCACACGCCGGGCGUACUGCCAAAGGAAGCGAUGCGCCCCGAAACGCCUUCCAAGUCGUCGUUAUCUGCCUCAGCGACUGGUCUAACAUCUGUACCUGGCCCUUCCAGUCCAGCAAGCUCCGACUCCCCAGCUCCUCCUUCCCGUUCAGCCGGGCACAGUCGAAAGCCAGAGACGUACGCAGAUCGCGUUGCCAGCGCGGUGGGGGCCAAGAAGGAUCGCAAACGCAAGCGCGUCCAUUACUCUUGCGCUGAGUGUCAUAGACGCAAACACAAGUGCGAUCGGAACAUCCCUUGUCAGGCCUGCAUUGACAGAGGGCUGGCAGACACGUGUCGCCCUUUCGAGGAAGGUGACCAGCAUGGCGACAUGCGCGACCGAGUAGCUCGGCUGGAAGACUUGGUAGAGGGCUUGGCAAAGGCACAGACGGGGCUGGCGAAGGAACUGAGCGAAUUCCGAGCGAAUGGGACCAAGCCCACCGCGAGCAUCGUCAAUGCGAUAGCGCAGCAGGACGGGCCGCCUCCCGCCAAGAUACCCAAAGUGGAAAAGGAGCCUCCCGUGGAUCUCGUCUCCGAUGAUGAGCAACAAGAUCCUUUGGCAGCUGGGGCGAAUGGCAAAGCGGCACGCCGUGUGCGCCUGCGCCCCCCAGCUUCCUCUCGCGGCUUAGAGCGGGAGGAACUGCAAUCUCGGUCAGGAGGUGGCGGAGGGGGUGCUGACGGCAGCAGUGUGAAUGGAUCAGCAUACACUGGUGGUCUCGCAGCAAGCAACGGGGCUGCCCCCUCGAGCUCCAAUGAUGAGGAAACGGUAGGUGUAAAUGCUCUGGAAGGCGGCCUGACCCGCGAAGGAGACAGCUUCUAUGGUGCGCUAGCACUGCCCAGCGUCAGCAGGGGUGUCAUCGAGACUAGCAUUCGCGGCGAGCGUCUAGAGCUGGCAGCCAACGUACCCUUGCGCUCGGCCAGCGUCAAAGUCAGGAGGCUCAUCCAAGAAGGUGGCGCCCAUCCGGACAUUGUCAAUGAGCUGAUGCAGAAUCUGCCUCCGAGGCAUGAGAGCGAUCAGAUGCUGGGCUGGUACUUCAGGGAUAUCAACAACACUCGCCUACCUCUGCACGAACAAACGUUCAGGCAGAGCUACGAGGAGCUCAUGGAGUGGCAGUGGGGAAGCCUAAGAGAAGAGGAAGGGGACGAUGGAGCGAGACAUUUGCCUUUCCUGUCCUUCCUGUACGUCAUCCUGGCUAUCGCAAAACGAAAUCAGCCAGAGGAGCGAGGCAGUGAUGCAGAUGCCCGACAUGGCGCUUUAAAACUCUUUCACACCGCCCGCAGAACUAUGGCAGUGGCUUCGGCAGUACGUGCGGAUCACAUCGACGUUCUGCUGGCCGCCCUCUUUGGAUGCCGAUUUCUUAUCUGCCUGCGCAUGAGUGCCGAGAGUUGGAGUCUGCUCGGGAGCGCCAUCCGAGCUGCGCAAGCCAUCGGCUUGCAUCGAGAUGGCACAAAACUUGGUCUUGAUGCCGUGACCACGGAGCGCAGGCGUCGCCUAUGGGCGCUCAUCUACUACCUCGACAAGACAACAUCCAUGCUUCUGGGUCGACCUCAAGGCAUCAAUGAUCAAAAUUGCGACACUCUUGCGCCAUCCGACGUGGACAUUGACACGCUACCCCGAUACGGACCUGCGCCGACACCGGAAGCGUUCCCUCCACCGCCAGGCAUUACGCCACCUAGUCGCCCACCCGGUGUCUACGCUUUCGUCGCGAUCCGUCAUGAGCUCGCAAAACUGACCGGUCGCGUAGUAGAGCAUUUUCAGAACCUGUCCCGGCCUCGCAACUAUGCAGACGUGACUGCUAUCGACAGCGAUCUGCAGCGCUUUGUUGAUGCCCUGCCCCCAGCAUACCGCUGCGAGCCGCAGGGAGGCACCGAUCGAAGCUUUGAUGAAUUGUGCCCUUGGCUUCCAUUGCAUCGCUACUUGAUCAAUGUAGAGCAGCUCUACAUCAGAAUCACUUUGCAUCGUCCCUACCUCUUGCGCAGCGACAAAUAUGCCCGGUCCCGAUCGGUAGCCUUCGCCUCGGCAAAGGCCGAUCGCGACAUCCGCAAAGAGUACAAACGAGACGUCAAAUGGCCUAGAAAUCGCGCACGCGGCGCACACAUGGGUGGACUUUAUCGGCUGUUCAACGCUGCAUUGGUCGCGGGCAUACAGCUGCUUUUGGAGCCGAACUCUCCAGACGCGCCCGAGUUGCACGCAGCGUUGGACGAUUUCCUUGCUCUCAAAAGCAAUGAGCCUGCAGAUACCAGCCAGUGUACGAAACGAGAAGUCGCGAUCAUUCAGCUCUUCCAGGCGAAGAGCCGGGAUCCCAGCUUCUGCGCUGCGACUGCCACAGGUGCCGGAAGGAGCGUGCCCAACCCUCUAGCGGGUCCGAGCAGACCGAUCUCAGUUUCGCUUUCCCGCUCGACCUCCAAUACGGUCGGCGCAGCUGCGACUACGCUUGGCGGUGCUGGUCCUGGUCUGAUCAUACCGGUGGGAGGGCAGCUCACAAAGGGUCCCCCACCGCUCGCACCGUUGGCAGAAUGGCCGUCUGGUCAGUCGCCGCUGCAAAGGCACGGUAGGAUCGCUGGAACGGGCCAAAGCGCUGCCAGUCCUGCGCCGAGUGCUGGCACUCCGAUCACACCUGGCGGCACUCGACUCAGCGUCGCUGAGGCUCCUGGUGCAAGCAGCUUGAACAGCUUUGGACCCAGCUCGGCGGGCGGUCUUAGCGACGUGCUGGCGCAAGAGCUAUUUGAUCAGCUUGGCGCUGGUGUGCUGGACUCUUUUGGGCUGGAUCACUCGCCUUUCUCCUGGGACGACGGAGCCAGCAAUCGGAGCGCGAGUGGCAGCGUUCCAUCGGGUUCGAACGGGCCCGCUCAAAGCGCUGCCAAUGCGACCUCGAGCAACACUUCCAACGCAUACUCUGUGACGCCUUUGCCAGGCACUUCUGCAGCAAACGUCUUUGAUUUUUGGGGCACCUCUGGCACCCCAUCUGCGUCGGGCAUCGGCUAUGGUGGGAUCACGAGCUCCACAGCUGGAGCCAUCGGUUCGCCCCAGAUCGGCAACUCCUUUAGCGACCCCAGCGCACCUUCGUUCGCACCCGCUGGACCUUUUGGCAAUCCCAGCAUUGACGGAAGCGGCUUGGUGCCGUGGGGAGGCCUCAUCGAAGCUAUCGUUUCGGGACAGAAUACGGAUAUGCACCAGACUUCUAGGAAUGACGGCGCGCAGUAGACGCAUCGGUGACGAACAGCCAUGUAUUACAUACGUUUGGACCAGUGCAAGGAGAAUUGGAAUAGUAGCAGUGCUUCUAGAUGAAGGAGAUGCGCGCUCGAGGCACAUUUUUAGGCGAUGUACAGAUCCGCAGCCCAGAAGCCAGAGCAAAGAAUACGUCAUCAGCUGCCUAGUCUCUCCACGACUCUGCCGGCGUCAAGUCUGAUC